AGGGGGCGGGGCGGCCGCGGAGCCCCAGGGGCGGGGGGGAGGCGGGCUGCCGCACCGCUGGGCAUCGCCGCCACGGCCUCGGUGGGCUGGAAGACGGCGCGUGGGCGACCGCCCGGGCUCGAAGCGCCCUGGUGGCACCGGUGCCCGAAUGCCACCUCGCCGCCACCGAGGGACUGCUGGGGCCCCUGGGCCUGCGGGAGCGGAGCUGCGCACGGACAUGGGCAAGGACGUGGCAAAGCCCCGGGAAGCCGCUGCCGCCGAGCCCAGCCGUGGGCAGGGACGUGCCGCCGCGGGCACCAGGGAAACGGGGCAGGCAGGAGCCUGGCAGAGCCCCAGCUACCUCCUCGCCCGCCGCCUCUUCCUCCGCUGCCUGACGGAUUCUUCCGUCAUGUCGGGGAAGCAGAAGAAGAGCAAGAAGAAGGUGCUGGAGGAGAAGAAGUGGCAGAGCCUGGAGGAGCGGGGCGACACGGCCGCCCAGCAGAGGAGACACCUCGCCCUCGCCAGGUCCAAAACCUGCGACCCCUCCUUCUGCAAGGGGACGGACGCGGGCAAGCAGGGCGGCUCGGCCUCGGCGCUGAGCAAGCGCACCGCGAGCUUCCGCAAGGCCUUCAGGGACAUCGCCGAGAAGGAAGCGCUGCUGGCCUGUUUCUCCUGCGCCUGGCAGAAAGAGGUGCCCUACCACGGCCGCCUCUACGUCUCCUCCAGCUACGUCUGCUUCCACUCCUCCCUCCUGCUCAAGGACAUCAAGGCAGUGGUCCCCAUCCCCUCCAUCUCCACCCUCAAGAAGACUAACACAGCGCUUCUGGUCCCCAACGCCCUCAGCAUCCGCACAGCCGAGGGGGAGAAGUUCCUCUUCGUGUCGCUGCGCAGGCGGGAGGCCACGUACCAGCUCCUCAAGUCGCUUUGCAAACACCUGCAGGAUAACGGCCAGAACAGCAGCCCCUUGACCUUUCCCCUCGGCGGCAGCACCGAGCACAUCCUUAAGACGACGCUGACCUCAAGCCAGUCUGACCUGGGGCAGGGCACCCUGGAGCUCAGCAGCCUCCUAGACCAGCCUGAUGGAUUAAGCCUGAAUCCAAGUCAGGCUGAGGAGGACGAAGCCGUGCCUGCUCGGGGCAGAGGGGGGCCCCAUGCCACAGUACAGACCAAGACAACUGUGAAGGACUGGCUGGCCCAGACGAGCCCCCUCAACACCGUCAUCAUCAUCUACCUGCUGCUCAUGGUGGCCCUGCUGCUGUCCUCGGGGUACAUCGGCCUGCGCAUCGUGGAGCUGGAGCAGCAGCUGACGGCCAUGGGGGCUUGGCCAGACUUCAGCCUGCAGCACCAGGACAAGAAGACAUGAGACUGGCAGGGAUCCUGUUGCCACCUGGGCACCAGCAGACAGGACGGGCACGCCAGGGCCACACCGAGCCCUUCCAACGCUUCUCAGGGACUGAGCAGGGAGCAGGCGGGGGCUCAACCAUCCUGUGCCUUCGAGCCCUGGGACUCUGCACCAAGAGCCCGGCCAGGGAGCCCAGUGAGGCUGGGGACCCAUUGCACUCCCCCGCUGCGUCUCACGGCCCGGAGCAGCAGUGGGACAGGCCAGCACGGCUCCAUCCCCAUGGCCUGCGCAGGGCGAGGGGCAGCUUGCAGGUGCGGGGGCCUUGCUGUGGGUCCGGGGUGGGCUCCAGCAGCCCCCGUGGGGACCCGGGCACAGGAGGCUGUUGGCACUGUGGGGCCCAUUGCAGGACAGGGACAAAGGGCCAAACUAUUUUAUUAAUAAAGACCUGAACCUGG